CGAAAAGUUUGUUUUGAAAGUGUUGAUUCUUUAUGUUGUGUUAAAUGGUUAAAACAUUUAAAAAAUGUGUUGAUCAGCGCUGCUAAAACUUGAGUUUUGAAUCAAGAAUUCAUUAAUAAUCGAAAAGUUUACAGAUCAUGACAGCAACUAAAAUGCUCCUGACCGCCGCGAAGCCAAAAGUGUCCGAAGUUCUAACGGCCUACCUAAAACAGUGCAACGAACCUCCCUGGACCUCUUACUUCAUCAAGUACCGCGACGUUCAGAAUGAUCACUUUGGGCGGUCCCACUUCAAUUGGACGCUACCCCACACCGGAACCAACUAUCACAUCCUGCGCACCGGCUGCUACCCGUACAUGAAGUACCACUGCACGAAGCGACCCCUCCAAGAUCUGUCCGUCGAGGACACCUUCUUCCGGGUCAUUAAGGUGCUCAACCUGGGCCUUCCGAUGCUGGGCUAUGGACUGGCCGCGAGGUUCCUGAUUCGCCACGUGGAGCUGGUGGAAAUGGGCGAGGGACGGAGCCCGGUGCCGAUCUACUUUCUGUACGAGGAGGACAAGGGGGCGGAGUAUUGAGGGAAUUGGACGUUAAUAAAAGAAGCAUGUGUUUUUAAGAUUUCAGACGA